AUGGAGAGCCCUCUCUCCCCCUUCUGCCAACGGCCCCGGGCAGACACUUUGGAGAGUGUCGAGCCAAGAACAUCUCUUUCUGUCAAGUCUUGGCCUUUGAUGGGCUCAUCAAGCGACAGUCCUCACGUUGGGUUCCCACAAGACGAUCACGAUGGACAUUUCGUCCCUCUUCUCGACAUUACUACUGCGAAGAAGGCCGAGGACUAUCCCCGCAACAAAGUCCAGGGCCAUCUCGCUCUAGAAAGCUGGUCUGAUGAACAACUCUUCCAGCACCUUCGUGACACUGAUUUUUCUCCAGAGAUGACUGUUCUUCUCGAUGAGAUGAUCAAGCGUCGCCCCGAGAUCCCGAAUGAGAAUGGCCCAAAGGAUAAUACCUUUCGUGACUUUGCAGCGUACGAGAAGGAGCAGUACAGUCAGUCCACGUUUGAGGUGUACGAGGUUGGGCAUAACAAUAUCCCUUUCAAGCUCAGCGCUGAUGGGAAUGGGGAUGAGCCAUCGUCAGAUACCAGCGACGGGCAACUUGAGAACUCGGCUGAUUCUGUAGAUGCUCCCACAGUCUGGCAAACUAUUCAAUCUGUCAACGCCAACAGCCAUUCUGUAGGCAGAAUCACGAUAGUCCAAGAGCCCACUCCUUUGAUCCUCGCAACUCUUCAUCUAACCAUGUCUAAACACUUCGAUAUGACUGAACUCCUCACCCAUCUCCUUUCCGAUGAGCCCAACCGUGGACGUACCCGCGCCUUUAUGAACCGGGCUUAUGAGCGACCACCUUCUCAGGCUAUUCCAUCUUCGCUCCCAAUCGGACUAUCAACUUCUCUACCCAAUGUCCGCCAGAAAUCAUUCUUCUUUGUCUUCAAGUAUUACACUGUGGUCAAUCCUCCUCUGGAGCCAGCCUCCUGGCAACGGUUCGACAAGCGAGACUCAGAGAGUCGCCUUGGAGACCACAUCGACAUUGCAGAAUGUGGCUCUGUUCUAGCUCUGUCUCUCGGUGGAGAGCCUGAAAAGGCUCCCACCUGGCGAUUAAGAAGAGAACGUCCACGAGAAGGUUUUGUUUUCAACACCUUUGGGCCAUGGCAGUUACUUGCUAUUCAAAGCUUUCCAGACAACUCCCACACAGUUCGAGGGGAAGAGUUUACCAAAGACAACAACAAAUAUGUUAAUGGUCCGCAUGCAUUCUUGGACUUGCUCAUCUCCGAAUAUCGGGAUGCAACAAAAAGAAACCUGAUACUCCAUGAGCGAAUCACCAAGCUCAUUACUCCUCCUCCCGAAUUCAUGUUCGACCCUAAGCUUCGCGAUAAACUUCUCUUUGAAGACAGGCAUUUCACGUUUAUCCGCAGAUACUUUUGGUCGUACAACACUCUAGCCGUCGUCAACACAGGCAUUAAGUCAAUGAUCGCUGCGUAUGUUGACACAUUCACCGACAGCUUCUGGGCUGGAACACAUCCUAUUUUGUGGCCGCAUCGAUACCCUGAUACACCCGACGGCGUUGCUUAUCGUGAGCGCAUGGCCACCGUGCGUGCUGAACUGGACAAGGUUGUUCAGGAGCUUACUGAGGUUCUCAAGCGCAACGAGCGCACUCGGAAAGAGAUUGAGAACUUGAGGGAUCAGCUCUUCAGUGGAAGCUCUAUCAAAGAGAGUCGAAGGGCGAUUGAGCAGGGUGACAAUAUUAGAAUACUCACCAUGAUCAGCAUGAUAUUUCUACCCCUGACUUUUGUAACAUCCGUUUUCGGUAUGACAGUCUUUACGAUUCCAGCAACAGACUGGCGUUUCGCUCUUACAAUGAUACUCGUUUGCGUUCCCUUUAUGCUCCUCAUUACAUUCCUUCAAACCCGUUCCUUUGGUGUCUUGCUGCGUAAGCUCGGGGCCAUAGGUAGCGUGGUUGCUCGCAUUUUCAAUCGUCUACGACGAGAUUCCGCUGAUGUUUCUGACAAUCGAUCUAUCGCGGCCGUCGCACCACGGAUUAACAGUGGCAUAUGCUCACUGAGGAUGCCGACAUGGCCUCGAGAACGAAUUGAGGAUUUAGAGAAGGGCGGUGUUGGAGAGUGUUCAAUGUAG